AUGGACUCCGCAGGGGCUGAGAAGCGGCCAGGGGCCCAAGAAGGGACAGCCGUGGGGCACUCACAGCUUACAGAGGUGCCUUGUGGCCAUGCUCAGAAUUCUGAGUGUCCCGUGAUGGGAGACCAGUGCCUGGUGCCGGCCCAUGAGGCCUGCCAAACCCAGGGUGAAGAUAAAUGUCCAAUAAGACCCGCCUCAGAGCCAAAGAUCCAGGAGGAGAGACUCAAGCUGGAGGAAGACAGGCACAAGCCAGAGGUGGAGGCACUGGAGGAGAGAGGUCCCAGGCCUAUGGCCUCCAAUGUGAGGCCCAGUCAUGGUCCGAAGAGGAAGCCAGUCAACCUCGCAGGCCCAAGCCACCAAGCCCAUCCUAGGGUGGAGAGUGAGCUGCCACAGGGGCUGUCGCUGCAGAGGGAGGAGCUGGAGAAUAACCAGAGUGAGCCCUCACCAUCUGCCAAACAGCACAAAAAAGCCAAGAAGCGCAAGAGUCUGGGAACCCCAGUGCUCCCAGUAGCGGCCAGCACGGUGUCGGCACCCUCAGUGACCUCGGGGCCUGAGCGAAAGGCCCAGCGCCUGCGGCCCCUGUACCAGUACAUCAACUAUUGCAACCCUGAGCUGAACCAGGCAGGGGAGGGGGACAGGGAGACUGAGGCUGAGGUGGAGCCUGAGUCGGAGCUGACCGUGGUCCCCGAGGAGGCGGGUGUGGAGCAACUGCAGGCUUUGCUGCCAGUGGCAGGUGAACUGGGCUCCGACCUCACUCUGCCCUGCCCCAGUAUGUAUGUGCCCCCCACCCACACUCUGGUUCCCCUGGGGGAGGAAGCCAGUGAGGAGCCUGGGGGUCUGCCCAGCUUGGGGGUCAGCAGUCGCCUCAAGGCUGAGAUGGACAAGUCAACCCAGGUGGACAUCAACAAAAUGCUAAGUGUCUGCAAUGCCCCGCUUGUCCCCCCACUCUCUCCUCAGUACAAGUGACUGUCCUGACCCCCACCCCAUGACUCCCCUCCCUCCCAAGCUUGAGCCAGAGCAGCAGUCUAAGGCCUAAGGCCCUCAGGUGGAGGGGGGAACUCAGCCCCUGCCCCACCUUGGGAUCCCAGGUUUGCUAAAAAUAAACGUUUUUCCUUUUCUUAGACUGUGAUUCCCCAAAUAAGAUGCCUGAAGAGGGAGUGGCUGGGAAGAAGGGUGGAGGGUUCCCCAGUGCAGUCACUGGAUCGCCUGGGAAUUUGCAAAAGUAUAGA